GUGUGUGUGUGUGUACACACACUCUUGGGGUGGGGGGAGCGGCUGCGUUCUCCUGGUCAAGUCAGGGGGUGGGGUGCGGGUGGGGUGGGGAUGCCCCGGGCUCUGGGAGGGGCCGCAGUUCCGUCAGCUCCAGCAGAACCACCCGUGAGUUAGGUCGAGCAGAGCCAAAGCCCCCGGUGCUUCGUCGCGGGUUCGCUCGCUAGCUAUCUGGAUCACUCCCUCCCUUCUACCCUCCCUUCCUCCCGGCGGCCGCGGCGACGCCGGGGAAGCGGCAGAGAGGAGUGGCUGGGCGCUGGGAGAAUGCUGCUCCGCCGAGGGGGCUGAACCUGACAGUUUCCCCAUGGUUUAAGCCCCACGAGCCGGGCCCGAGUGACUCAACCGCGAGCCUUGUGGAUCCUGCACCUGAACCGCUGGAGGCGCUGACUGACUCGCCCACCGGAGCCUCCGGGCUUCGACAUGCUGGAGGAGCCCCGGUCUCGGCCUCCGCCCUUAGGCCUCGCGGGUCUCCUGUUCUUGGCUUUGUUCAGUCGGGCUCUAAGCAAUGAGAUUCUGGGCCUUAAACUUCCCGGUGAGCCGCCGCUGACGGCCAACACCGUGUGCUUGACCCUGUCCGGACUGAGUAAGCGACAGCUGGGGCUGUGCCUGCGCAGCCCCGACGUGACGGCGUCCGCGCUCCAGGGGCUGCACAUCGCCGUUCACGAGUGUCAGCACCAGCUGCGCGACCAGCGCUGGAACUGCUCGGCACUGGAGGGCGGCGGCCGGCUGCCGCACCACAGCGCCAUCCUCAAGCGCGGUUUCCGCGAGAGUGCGUUCUCCUUCUCCAUGCUGGCUGCUGGGGUCAUGCAUGCUGUUGCCACAGCCUGCAGCCUGGGCAAGCUGGUGAGCUGUGGCUGCGGCUGGAAGGGUAGUGGUGAGCAAGACCGGCUUCGAGCCAAGCUGCUGCAGCUUCAGGCACUGUCUCGGGGCAAGACUUUCCCCAUCUCCCAGCCCAGCCCUGUUCCUGGCUCAGUCCCCAGCCCGGGCCCCCAGGACACGUGGGAAUGGGGUGGCUGUAACCACGACAUGGACUUCGGAGAGAAGUUCUCUCGGGAUUUCUUGGAUUCCAGGGAAGCUCCCCGGGACAUCCAGGCGAGAAUGCGGAUCCACAACAACAGGGUGGGACGCCAGGUGGUAACGGAAAACCUGAAGCGGAAGUGCAAAUGCCAUGGGACUUCAGGCAGCUGCCAAUUCAAGACCUGUUGGAGGGCAGCGCCAGAGUUCCGGGCCAUCGGGGCAGCACUGAGGGAGCGGCUGAGCAGAGCCAUCUUUAUCGAUACCCACAACCGCAACUCUGGAGCGUUCCAGCCCCGCCUCCGUCCGAGGCGCCUCUCCGGAGAGCUGGUUUACUUUGAGAAGUCUCCUGACUUCUGUGAGCGAGACCCUACUUUGGGCUCCCCAGGCACGAGAGGCCGGGCUUGCAACAAGACCAGCCGCCUCUUGGAUGGCUGUGGCAGCCUGUGCUGUGGCCGUGGGCACAACGUGCUCCGGCAGACGCGAGUGGAGCGCUGCCACUGUCGAUUCCACUGGUGCUGUUAUGUGCUGUGUGAUGAGUGUAAAGUCACGGAGUGGGUCAAUGUGUGUAAGUGAAGGUGAGCCUCACCUAGGGACGAUGACGAGGAGGAGGAGGAGCACUGUGUGAGGGCUGCUCUCUUUCAGCCCUUUGCUCGGAUUUCUGUCUAGGGUUUAUUAUGGCUCCCGGAAGCUCAGAUCAUAUACCUGAGAACAGCUCUGGGGGUGUAGGGUCAGGUGGAAUCUGUAAUGAGCAGCCUUUUGUGGGGGAAGUGGCCCCACAUUCUGUUCUUAAACACUCGAAUAGACUAAGAUGAAAUGCACUGUACUGUUAGCGUCUUCUCUACCUACAGGUCCCUCGGGCUCAGAUUCCUACUUCCUUUGGAUAGGGAGUCUAUCUUUCUCAGGCCACUCCUCUUCCUCGAAGGAUAACAGCAGGCAUUGUGUGGAGUCAAUAAGACCCAUAUAUAUAUAUAUAGCAAGAGACCACCUCUUCCUAUUUGUGGUUCUCAAACUCCUCCACUGCAGCCCAGAACCUCCUCUUAUGGGACCUCGGGUGACAAUAAUGAGAGGUUUUCGGUUGGAAAAGGACAGAGUACUGCAGGGAAGCCUCAGACAGCUGUCUUGUCAGGCUCUUGGGAGGCUUCUCCUUCCCUUUAGUUGUUGAAAGGGUCUCUCCAAGGGAAAGGUUUUAGCCAUAACUCUUGGAGGCCCCUUUUCCUUCUUCAGCAGGAAGGGUGGGAAUGGAUAAUUUAUUGUACUGAGAUGUGUUCUUGGUUCCUGUUUGAAACUAAAAUAAAUUAAGUUACUGAACUACUGGA